AUGGAGACGAUGAAAAUGGGAAUGCUAGAGCAUUUGAGGAAGAGCCAUCAAAUCCUCUUUCCCCAAAACAAAUCCUCCUCAGGUGCAAAUAAUAAUUAUCAAGUCGAAGCCGGUGACGGCGACAAUGGUGAUUCCACCAUCCCUCACCUCUCUCCUCUCACCAAUUCCGUCCUCGCCCGCGCUUCCAAGAUCCUUGCAGUCUCAGUGCAAGAGCUACAGCGUCGUUUUGACAUUGAGCGGCCUGAGCCUGAGGUUGAUAGUCAGCAACUCGUCAAACGUACAAGGAAUUUCCUUGAGUUUUGCUGCUAUCAAGCUCUCCAUCGUGUUAUCACAACCCGUUCUGAUUACUUGAGUGACAGUGACUUCCGUCGCUUCACCUAUGACAUGAUGCUUGCUUGGGACUCACCCACAGCUGUGGUUCCUAUUAUUGAUUCACCACAGAAUGAAACCACCGUAUCUUCCAGUCAACAAGAGGAUAAGGGUGAGGAUGAAGAAGAGGAUGGUUGGUCGCUUUUUUAUUUCACUACCACUAGUAUGGCUGUUCAGGUUGAUGACACAAAAACUGUUGGCCGAGAGGCUUUUGUGCGUAUUGCUCCUGCCUGUCCUGCCAUUGCUGACGUAAUAACUGCCCACAAUCUUUUUGAUGCGCUCACCACCUCUUCAGACAGCAGGCUUCAUUUUCUCAUUUAUGAUAAAUACCUUCGCAGCCUUGACAAGAUUAUUAGGGCUGCAAAGAAUGCACCAGGACCCUUGAUUUCCAACCUUCAGCUUGCUGAAGGAGAGAUCAUCCUUGAUGUUGAUGGUACAGUUCCCUCUCAACCUGUUCUGCAGCAUAUUGGCAUCUCAGCGUGGCCAGGCCGGUUGACACUGACCAAUUAUGCUAUCUACUUUGAGUCAUUGGGAGUUGGUUUAUAUGAUAAAGCUGUUAGAUAUGAUCUGGCAACUGAUAUGAAGCAGGUCAUAAAACCUGAAUUAACCGGACCAUUGGGUGCUCGUCUCUUUGAUAAAGCUGUGAUGUACAAAUCAGCAUCUUUUGCAGAGGCAAUUUAUUUUGAGUUUCCUGAAUUCAGAGGCAGUUGUCGACGGGACUAUUGGUUGGAUGUAUGUCUUGAGGUCCUGCAUGCACACAGAUUUAUUCAAAAAAAUAACUUCAAUGAGACUCAGCAGUUGGAGGUACUUGCAAGGGCUAUUCUGGGCAUCUUUCGAUGUCGUGCAGUUAGAGAAGCUCUGCACUGCUUUUCUUCCCAUUACAAAACCUUACUUGCUUUCAAACUGGCUGAAAGUCUUCCCCGGGGGGAUAGGAUCUUGGAAACACUGUCCAGCCGCCUGGCACUUCUGAAUGCGAUUCCUAUUGGAUCUCCAAAUGCAAAACGGCAAUUGAGACUUUCACCAGUUGCAUUCCUGACGCUUCGUCAACUUGGAUUUAUCUUACAAAAAGAAGUAAAUCUAGAUGGAGAAGUUCUAGCAUUUGGGGAUCUUUGGGUUGGUGAGACAAAUCCUUUGGAAAUAGCUGUGAAACAGUCAAUAUCAGAUACUGGAAAAGCUGAAGCUGCACAGGCUACAGUGGACAAAGUGAAGGUUGAAGGGAUUGAUACAAAUGUCGCAGUAAUGAAGGAACUGCUAUUCCCAGUUAUAGAAUUGGCUAGCCGUCUCCAUCGUUUGGCCUCUUGGGAAGAUCCUUUCAAAUCGAUGGUGUUUCUGGUGUUAAGCUGCUGUGCUAUUUUAAGGGGUUGGGCCAGGUAUAUUUUGCCUUCCAUUUUUGUGUGGUGUGCGGUUCUCAUGUUUGUGCGAAGGCAUUUUAGCAAAAAGAUGCCCUUAGAAGCCUUCCGGGUAACAGCUCCCCCAAACAAAAAUGCUGUAGAGCAGCUUUUGACGUUGCAAGAAAUCAUCGCAGAAGUUGAAGGACUAAUGCAGACGGCAAACAUUGUUCUUCUGAAGUUAAGAGCUAUCUUGUUUGCAGUAGUUCCCCAGGCCACAGAAAGGGUUGCUCUACUGCUGGUUUUCAUAGCUGCUGUGCUUGCAUUUGUGCCUUUCGAGCAUCUGAUUCUUUUGGCAUUUCUAGAGGCUUUCACAAGGGAAAUGCCGUACAGGAAAGAAAGCAGUGAUAGGUGGUUGAGACGGUUAAGAGAAUGGUGGAUCAGGAUACCAGCAGCUCCUGUUCAGCUCAUCAAACAGGAUGACAAGAAACGGAAAUAA